GUUGCCCAGGACCACAGUGCCCAAGUCCUGUGACCUUAACGGAGUGGAAAUCUGACAUAAUUUAGAGAAACUGUUUACAAGCCUGUUUAUAAUUGAGCGGACCCUGGUGUGUGUGUGUGUGUGUGUGUGUGACAGAAAGAGAGAGAGAGAGAGACAGAUAGACAGACACAGGGAGAUUCAAGAAACCUGGAAUGCUCUUAUGUGAUUCUGACCCAUAGUCUGUCAACUAUGAGGCUUUAGAGCUGCGAUGGAAGAGGUUCAGGUCACCACUGUUUCCUUAUGGUUGUGAAAGCUCUUUAUGCAAACUUUUUGAACCUCAGUUUAUCUCUAAAAUGGGAUACCAAUAACCUGCUCAAUAGAAUAGUCACAGUUCAGUGAGAUCAGGUAUGUCAAGCCGGUAGCACAGUACUUCCACACAGAGCAUUUGGUAAAUGCUACCUGCUAUUAUUGUUAUGAGCACUGAUUAUAAGUUCUUACUAGCAAUACUUUGGGGGUCAGAAAGCUUUCUGGAGGAGAUGGCAUAUGAACGGGGCUUUAUUUUUUUUAAAGAUUUAUUUAUUUAUACAAGAACUGGGGUAUAGGCCAGAUGUGCGGGAGGAUGAGAGGAUUCACCAGAGACAGAGCGGGGAACAGAACAGGCAGACUGACGAAAUACACUGCUGAGGGGAGCAGCGGGCGAGACAGGAGAGGUCUGCUGUGCCAUGUGGGACCCUCGCCAGCGAUCGAACCAGCGCUGCAGAAAGCUUCACAACAUGGCGCUCAACUACCUGCACCACCAGGGGAGGCCCAUGAACGGGGCUUUAGAAAUAGGCGGAUGGGAUCAGGUUGCUGAGUGGAGGGCAUGGCUGGAGCAAAGGGCAUCAUUAACUUGGGCACCAGUGAAAACAAACUCUGCUUUGACCUGCUGUCCAGUCGGCUGAGCCGGAGUGACAUGCUGCGGGUGGAGCCGGCCCUGCUGCAGUACCCCGACUGGAGGGGACACCUCUUCCUCCGGGAGGAAGUGGCCAAGUUCCUUUCUUUCUACUGCAAGAGCCCAGCAGCCCUGAAACCCGAGAAUGUGGUGGUUCUGAAUGGCUGCGCCUCUCUCUUCUCAGCCCUGGCCACCGUGCUGUGUGAGGUCGGGGAGGCUUUCCUGAUCCCUGCCCCUUACUAUGGAGCCAUCACACAGCACGUCUAUCUCUAUGGCAAUGUCCGGCUGGUCUUUGUUUAUCUGGACAGUGAGGUCACCGGGCCAGACAAGCGCCCUUUCCAGCUCACUGUGGAGAAGCUGGAGAUGGCGCUGGAAGGAGCUAGUUCUGAGGGUGUGAAGGUGAAAGGCCUUAUCCUCAUCAACCCCCAUAACCCUCUGGGUGACGUCUACUCCCCAGGAGAGCUGCGGGAGUUCCUGGAAUUUGCCAAGCGACACGAGCUGCACGUGAUGGUGGACGAGGUGUACAUGCUGUCGGUGUUUGAGGAGUCGGUUGGGUACCACAGCGUCCUGAGCCUGGAAAGGCUGCCUGACCCCCAGAGGACCCACGUGAUGUGGGCGGCCAGCAAGGACUUUGGGAUGUCGGGGCUCCGCUUCGGGACGCUGUACACAGAAAACCAGGACGUGGCCACCGCGGUGGCCUCCCUCUGCCGCUAUCACGGCCUCAGUGGCUUGGUGCAGUACCAGAUGGCACAGCUGCUCCGGGACCACGAAUGGAUCAGCCAGGUGUAUCUGCCCGAAAACCAUGCCCGGCUCAAGGCUGCCCACACCUACAUAUCAGAAGAGCUUGAGGCGCUGGGGAUCCCCUUCUUGAAUCGUGGGGCUGGCUUCUUCAUCUGGGUUGACUUGAGGCAGUACCUGCGUGAGGGCACCUUCGAGGAGGAAAUGCUGCUCUGGCGCCGAUUUUUGGACAACAAGGUGCUAUUGUCGUUCGGCAAGGCCUUCGAGUGCCAGGAGCCUGGCUGGUUCCGUUUGGUCUUUUCAGACAAGGCCCACCGGCUUCGCCUAGGCAUGCAGAGGAUCUGGCAGGUGCUUGAGGGCAAAUCCCAGGUGGCAAAAGAUGCCCCUACCUGCCAGACCCAGGAGCCAAGUGGCCAGCACAGGUGAGCUGUUCGUUGCCUGGCGGCCACAGGUCUCCCAGCCACUGCCCACCGGAGCCUUUUGGAGCUGUGAAGAUCAGUUACGAUGAGCUGUUUGCCAGGAGGAUGCCCGGUGUGGCCUCAACUCUGAAGGAAAACUGUUCUUUGCCUUUCACCAUAGCAGUUCCUUAAGCUCUGGUUCACCUGGCCCAUCCCCCACCAUCUCUAUUAAACAAAACUGGAGAAGCUGGGAGGCUCUGUUGUGAGUAAUUUACAUAAUGGAGGAGUCAUGUCUGCUCCUAAGCAGAGCUCUCAGCCCCCCAGGAU